UCAGUAUGUAUUCUAAAAUAUAAAUACCUCAAAACAACCUGUGACCAAAAUACCUUUAAUCUAAAUGAAACCAUUUUGCCAUAGAGUUUGAAAAAAUCCCGCAAGAGCUAUUUAGGUUAUUGGCUGUCAGGUGUCAGCUUGUGAAAUUCUAAUAAAAUUCCAUAAAUCACCUUUUUACCGCCAAAAUAUUCAGUUUCAUUUUUCAGCAGGGAAAGACUUCUUACUUAGUAAUUAAUUAUUAAUUAAUUGUUUGUUCAUUUUUAUUCGUGAUUUCAUAUAUUUUUUGAAAAGUAUAGAGUAUUAUUUUCUUAUAUUAAGUUUUAUGUUUUUAAAUUAUAAAGUUAUAUAUUCACUGGAAUGAAGCCCACAAAGCUAUAUGUUUUUAAAAGAGACGGCCGUAAGGAGGAAGUUCAUUUUGAUAAAAUAACAUCAAGGGUUCAAAAAUUGUGCUAUGGGUUGAAUAUGGACUUUGUGGAUCCAGUUUCUAUAACGCUGAAAGUUAUAAAUGGUCUAUAUUGUGGUGUAACAACUCAGGAGUUAGACAACUUGGCAGCUGAAACUGCUGCCUCUAUGACUACCAAUCAUGCUGAUUACGCUAUACUGGCAGCAAGAAUUGCCGUUUCUAAUUUACAUAAGGAAACCAAAAAAGCAUUCUCAGACGUAAUAUUCGACCUUUAUAACAAUAUCAGCAAGGAAACUGGCAAACCAUCGCCAUUAAUCUCUGAUUAUCAUUAUAAAAUUAUAAUGGACAACUCUGAUAGAUUGAAUUCAUCUAUUAUAUAUGAUAGAGAUUUCGGAUAUAAUUAUUUUGGUUUUAAAACAUUAGAGCGCUCAUAUCUUUUAAAAAUAAAUGGAAAAAUAUCUGAGAGACCACAACAUAUGCUUAUGAGAGUUGCAGUUGGCAUACAUGGAGAUGACAUUGAGAGUGCUAUUGAAACUUACAAUUUGCUCUCAGAACGUUAUUUUACUCAUGCAUCACCUACAUUAUUUGCUGCUGCUACGCGACGUCCUCAACUUUCAUCAUGUUUUCUACUAACAAUGACAGGUGAUUCCAUAGAAGGUAUUUUUAAAACAGUUGAACAGUGUGCCAUGAUUUCGAAAUCUGCAGGCGGCAUUGGUUUGAAUGUUCAUUGUAUUCGUGCGACAGGAACAACAAUCGCUGGUACCAAUGGAGUUUCCAACGGUCUUGUACCUAUGUUGAGAGUUUUUAAUAAUGUAGCUCGUUAUGUUGACCAAGGAGGAAAUAAGAGGCCUGGAGCUUUCGCAAUAUAUCUAGAACCAUGGCAUUCUGAUAUACUUGAAUUUUUAGAUUUGAAAAAGAAUACUGGAAAAGAAGAAACACGAGCUAGAGACUUAUUUUAUGCAUUAUGGAUUCCAGAUCUCUUUAUGAAGAGAGUGGAAUCAGACGACGAAUGGUCUUUAAUGUGUCCGCAUAAAUGUCCAGGUUUACAUGAUGUAUGGGGUGAAGAAUUCGAACAAUUAUAUACCAAAUAUGAAAAAGAAGGUAGAGCUAAUAAAAAAAUAAAAGCACAAACACUUUGGUUCGCAAUUAUUGAAUCUCAGGUUGAGACAGGAACACCUUACAUGUUAUACAAGGAUGCUUGUAACAGAAAAAGUAAUCAACAAAAUGUCGGGACAAUUCGAUGCAGCAAUUUAUGCACUGAAAUUGUGGAAUAUUCUUCACCAGACGAAAUUGCUGUAUGUAAUUUGGCGUCUAUAGCUCUUAACAUGUUUGUUUCUCCGGACAAAACCUUCGAUUUCAAUAAACUAAAAAAUGUUUCAAAAAUUAUAACGAAAAAUUUAAACAAAAUCAUUGAUGUAAAUUAUUAUCCCGUCCCCGAAGCUAAAAAAUCGAAUUUACGGCACAGGCCAAUUGGAAUUGGGGUACAGGGGCUUGCUGAUGCGUUCAUAUUAAUGCGUUUUCCUUAUGAAAGUAAAGAAGCUAAAUUGUUAAACCAACAAAUUUUUGAAACCAUUUACUAUGGCGCUUUAGAAGCUAGCUGUGAGUUAUCCGAAAAAUUUGGUCCUUAUGAAACGUAUGAUGGCUCACCUGUAAGCAAAGGAGUUUUACAAUACGAUAUGUGGAAUAAAACUCCAACAGAUUUAUGGGAUUGGUCUGAAUUAAAGGACAAAAUUGCUAAACAUGGGAUUCGAAAUUCAUUAUUAAUCGCCCCAAUGCCAACGGCAUCAACAGCACAGAUUUUGGGUAAUAAUGAGUCAUUUGAACCGUAUACAUCAAAUAUAUAUAAUCGACGGGUUUUAUCUGGCGAAUUCCAAGUUGUCAAUCAUCAUUUAUUGAAAGAUCUAACAGAAUUGGAUUUAUGGGAUGACGAUAUGAAAAAUUUAAUCAUUUCUAAUCGUGGGUCUAUUCAAAAUAUUGAAAGAAUCCCUCAAAAUAUAAGAGAUUUGUAUAAAACCGUCUGGGAAAUUUCUGUAAGAAGUACAAUAGAUUAUGCUUGUGAUCGUGGAGCUUUUAUUGAUCAAAGCCAAUCAUUUAACAUCCAUGUAGCUGAACCAAAUUAUGGUAAAUUAACUUCAAUUCAUUUCUACGCUUGGAAAGCUGGACUGAAAACUGGAAUGUAUUAUUUAAGAACAAAACCUGCUGCGAACGCCAUUCAAUUUACAGUUGACAAAGCACGCGUAUCGCCUGUUAAAAAAAUGCAAAAUGGAAACUUAUCGCCCUCUUCAAAAACAGCUAAUUCUUCAAGAGUAGAUUUGAGGAAAACUCCAACAAAAUUAACAUAUGGCGACACUGAGGAAUUAAAUGGUAACGUUGAUGUUUGUGACAGCUCUUAUUCUUUCACCAAUGAACAACAAGUUUUGAGAAAUUUACAGGAAGAACGUCGUGAAAAAAAUAUGGCCGAAAUGAUAUGUUCGUUAGAAAACAAGGAUGAAUGUCUUAUGUGUGGUUCUUAACUUAUACUAAUAAAUAAAAAGAAAAAAUUUUUAAGCUAAAUAAAAUUAUUAAA